UGUCAUUGUCAUUCAACGUCAUCCUGGGGUCGAACUUUUAUAUUAAUUAUUUAGAUCGGUAAUCAUACUAAAUACAUAAAUGCCUGUACUAAAACGAUGAGGUGACGUGGAUCUCAAUAAAACUAAUCACUUAUGCAUUCCAAUCAGUAAGUUACAUACAUAAACAUAAUAUAUUUGUACGAUGGCUGGUGUUCCGGUGAAGUUUGGUUCGAUAUUGUCGUUUUGUUUCGUGCUGUACGCUGUUUAUUACCGCAAAAAUGACAUAGGCGACGUGAGGCUAUCUCCUGUGAAGGAGCAUCUGCUAUUUCUGGAGAGUGAGAACAAGGUUGGCGCGGGGAUACGACAGCCGAAAGUCGCGCUUGGCUAUGGCGCGUGUCACGAUCUGUUCGUCAACGCCACUUCGUUACUGAACUACAAAGACCUGAAAGGAAGCCCUGAACAUUUCAAUGAGAUCUCAAACAAGGAGGAGUUCCUCAAAAGUUUCGCGUAUUUCUUCAAACAUGGCGCUGCUGCCGAGCGCUUCGUCUCCAAUGGAAAGCUGUAUGAUGAACUCAUUGAACAGGCUUUAAAACUGCCCGACUCAAGAUGGGCUAUUGGAGGCAAUGCCCCACUUAUGGCUAAACGGUUCUACAUAGAAGGGUGGAAAGUGCUAUUUGCAGCCAAAAUGAGCAAGAAACUAAAGAAAUACAUUCCUAAAGAUAUCCAGAUUGUUGGAGGAGAGGACAAUGAGGUUGUGAAAGAUGAUGUGCAUAUGAUUCUGGAGUACAAGGCUGAUGAGGAGUUUGGGACCCUGAAGGCACCCAGAGCAAAUAGAUACAUAGUACAUAAUGAUGAGAACAACCCCCUCCUCAGCUCUCUGGAGAAGUUUGAUGAACACUUGCCGGGCUUCAGCCCACACUUACUAGUCAUUAGUGGACUGCAGAUGAUGGAUAACUAUCCUUUUAAAGUUGGAGAUGGUAAAGACUUAAGAGCUGAGAGACUGGACUUAGUUAAGAAACAAAUACUAUCACAGCCACUGACUACACUGGCUCACUUCGAAAUGGCGAGUUAUGUGGACUUGGAGCUCCUGAAGCACCUCACUACCAAAAUAUUGCCAUUUGUAGACUCAGUUGGAAUGAAUGAACAAGAAUUAACAAAUUUAUACAGUGUACUAGAAUAUGGUGAAGUCAGUAUCGUAGCUGACUCCAACCCAAGAGUAGCAACAGCCUUAGAUCAAAUGAGAAAAACGUUUUUAUUGAUAAGACGCCAAAACGAACGAUACCAGAGCAAACGUAAGUUAACACGUAUCCAUGUACAUACUCUUGCUUAUCAGGCAAUAAUGACUGUUAAAAACUCUGACUGGAAGAGAACUGAGGCAGCCGCAGCAAAGGCAUCAUUGACAGCUCACAGAUAUGUAUGUAACAGCCAAGAUAUUCUCUUGGAUAAAACUAAGCUGUUGCUUGAUGACAGUUUCUCAACUACCACAGACAAUGAUAACACCAGCAGAGUGUUCUUUGAGCCCACAAAACCAGUAUCUUGUUGGGACGAAGAGGUGGAUGGUGAGAAGGUUGAUAUCUGUGUGGCCCCUGUACUUAUAUGCACUGAAGCUCAGCUCACAGCUGGUGCUGGAGACAAUAUCUCUGCAGCUGGACUUGUACUGCAGGUUGAGAAAUAAACUUGCCACAUUCAAAAAAUUGUCUCCUGAAUUUUGUUCAUUGACAACAUUUUAUUCAUUCCAUUUAUGUAUGUAUUUGGUGCAAUCUAUCAGGAUGAUCUUUUACUGAAUAUACAUGUUUUAUCAAGUAAUAAUAAUUAUGAGUAGGAAUUAAUGAGUUAUUUAUUAAUAAUAAAAUAUUUUAUGAAUCUAUUAAUUUAUUCAAUGGACAGAAGUACAAGAAGACUGGUGGAUAUUUAUUUUAAUAUGUAUAAUUGUUGCUUGUGAAUUGUAUUUGGUUUUGCAAUAUGUACUGAACUUAUGUUUCUUUUUUUUCUUGCUAUAUUUUUUAUUAUUUGAUCUUGAUGUGAGCACAAGAACAAAGAUUUCUUACCUUUUGUAAACCAUUCCAUUGCAAAGCUAGAUAUAAUAUUUACUUAUCGCAUUUUUUAAAUUCAACUUGAUGUUAAAUGUGCUGUUUCUUGUAAUAAUUAAUUACUAUUAGAAUUAAUAAUUUUUGCAACAUUCCUAAAUUUGACUUUGACUAUUUUGAAUAUCUGGAUGUUAAUUGUUUGAAUAAAAUUCUUUUAUACAAA